CCGACUAAACUCAACCGAUUGAUAUAUAAAAGUAGAAAGAAGAAGAGCGAGCAAGAACACGUUUUAAAUAUGACAAAUUGAGAAUGAUGCCAACUGGAAAUGGAGCCUGACACCGCGCUCAAUUAAGAAGCAAAUGCUGAAAGCCCGCAUUCAGCUGAAAAUGAUAUAGAGGGGAGAUGUCAGGCAGAGAGAGAGAGAGAGAGAGUAACAGAGAAGAACAGAGAGAGAUAAUGAUACAAAUGGAGCUAAUGCAGGGCCUAGCCGGAAAUGAUGCAACGCAUACACUCGCAGCUCGCUCUAUAGAGGCAAAAUUAAAGAGGGCGGGGUAGACAGAGUCGGAACUUGAACUGGAGUUGGAGUUGGAGCUGAGGCUGAAGUCAGAGACACACUCACAGUCGGAGUCAGAGUCAGAGUCUAAAUGCUGCGUUGUAAUUUCAGUUACUAAUGAGAGAAUUAAAAACACUUUGCUUCAAGGGGCAGGAGAAGCAGCAAUGAUAAGCGGGAAAAACUCUCCAAAAGAGUGUGUGUGUGUCAGGUGUGUGUGUGUGUGUGUAUGUGUAUGUGUUUAGCUGCUAUUGCCGACAGGCAGGCAGGCAGGCAGCCUAACUAAUGAAAGGAAAACACAAACAUAUGCCGGCUCACGAGCGUUGGUAAUGAAAAAUCAGACAGACGACAGCAUUUGUUUAGGCCAGGCUAAGGAACCUGUCUGUAGCAGCAGCAGCAACAACAACAACAACAAGCGAAGUCCCUUGGGCAAACAGCCAGAGAUAAAUUGUCAGUUAAAGGCACAGGCAGGAAAAUUGUGCAAAGUGCAAGGUGAGAAAAGAGCAGAAGACGAAAUAAAUAAGAUGAAGCUGCCGCAGCAGAAGCAGCAGCAGCAGUCGAGGCAGCCUUUUGUGGCACAGAAACGGAACAGAAAUAUGCCGACUCAGAGGAAAUGCAUUCAGGCUGGAGCGCAGCAAAGGUAAAAGGUUAUAAACCGAGGCAAGAAAGAACGAGAUAAGAAAAGACAACAGUUCGAAUACCCUAACCAAACAAAUGCAGUCCAAAAUACAGGUGGGAUGUGAAUAGGGCAACAUUGUAGCCAAGAC